AUGUUCGAUGCUUCCGUUCGCAACUUUGAGAUAGUCCCUGAACUCCGCUGUUCCCCAUACAUCUACCUGAUGUGUGGCGUAGAGCAGAGCAUCACGUUGAGAGAUUAUCUCACUGCUAUCUGUGAUGAGUAUCAUAGAUACUCGGGAAUCCGGUCAAUUUAUCGGAACCCUCUUGCAGUUCGAGAUUCCACUCAUUCAGGAUUUGUUGUGGAAUUCGAAAGUUCGGUUCGAUAUGCCAUUGUUGAGAAAUUAACAAAUCGUUGGCUAGCACCUCCCGCUGGCUUUCCUGAUUUCCUUUGUCAACCCUUCAAAGAUUCUUUGCCAAGUUCUCCGAACCGCAAGGUCUGGCCUUUUCAUUGCGAGCAACCUCCGUCUCCAAAGGUCGCUUUCCCAAACCCGUCUGCGAAAUGGACGAGCCUUGGCCAUUCAGCACGCCAUAACCCUGUUGGCACAUUCCCCAUCGUCAAACCAGUGACGGCCUAUAGCUACGUCAUCGCCGCAUCCCGAAUCCAGUACACUUUGCCAUCGUUUGAUUCGAUCUCCGAUGAAGAUUUCGCGAGUUGCACGCCUGAGCAACAGAGUUAUAUUUUGAAAAAGAAGGCUGAACUGGCGAAACAUGCCGUUGUCGACAACGAUUUACAAGGUCUGCAAAUUACAUCGCUAAAGGAGUGA